AUGCAGAAUAUCAUAACUGGCAAUGAGUCCAACUACGUAGGUGAAAUUGCUGUUAAAAGUAUUUUCCGUUCGAAGGAAGAACUACGCUUCAAGUUAUCUGUGCUAGCUAUAAAGCUGAAUUUUGAAUUUAAGGUUAAAAAAUCGACGAAGACAUUGUACACUGUUGGAUGUACCGAACAAGGUUACAAAUGGGUUUGCGUGCGAAGAGUAUCCGAGGUGGUGACUCACAGGCAAGCUCGAAGUUCAGUGGUUGGUCAGUUAGUGAAGUCCAAUCUGGAGGAUGUCAGCCGUCAGUACAGACUUAAAGACAUUAUUAACGACAUGCAAAAGAACUAUGGGAUGAACAUUAGAUAUGAAAAGGCAUGGGGGGCCAAGAAUGUUGCCUUGAAUCUGCUUAUGGGGUCACCAAAGCAUUCAUAUACUUUGUUACGCAAAUAUGGUGAAGCAUUGAAGGCUGUUAAUGUAGGCACUGUUUUUGAAGUGGAGCUGGAGGAAGAUAAAUAUUUUAAGUACGCGUUCAUGGCCCUCGGUUGCUGUAUUAGAGGGUUCUCCAGUUGUAUCCGCCCUGUGCUGGUGAUAGAUGGUGCACAUUUCAAAGGUAAAUAUAGAGGUGUUAUCCUUAUUGCUUCUUCUGUUGAUGGCAACAAUCAAAUAUAUCCUCUUGCCUUUGGAAUUGUCGAUCAAGAGAGUGGUCAAUCCUGGACUUGGUUUCUGAACAUGGUCAAGACGUGUAUUGGAGAGGUCGAUGAGUUAUUAUUCGUAUCUGAUCGACAUGUGUGCAUUACGAAAUCUGUUAGGCAGGUCUUUCCACAAGCGGCUCAUGGAAUAUGCAUGCAACACUUGUCUAUGAACCUGAAAGACAAGUUCAAGGACGAUGUCUAUCAACCUGUACCUCUGUUUAUCUUAACAACCUCCAAAUCCAGUAAAUCAAUAGCAAUGGUUCAGAAAUGCAUUCAACUGUAUACGAUUAAAAAAUGGUCGUACAAUAAUAAUAACAACGUUGAACUAUACAAAACAUACUUCAUAACUAUUACAAAAGUACUAUUCAAAUGA